AAAGAGUAAAUACUCUAAAAUAGAUCAAAAUGGCCAGCCGAGCUGCGACCGUCGUUCGCCAAGUGAAGCCGAUUCUGUCCAUUAAUCGAGAAGAUGCGCGCCGAAAAGUGCUCACGUUGUACAAAGCAUGGAUCCGUCAAGUACCAAGCUCAUUGUUAAGUUAUGAUAUUCCAAAAACUGAAGCAGAAUGUAAGAAGAAAAUACGAGAGGAGUUCAAGCGUCACGCUCAUCUGACUGAUUUAAGAAUUAUAGACAGACAGAUUAUAAGGGGUCAAAUGGAGUUGCAAGAGUUAGCUAACGUAUGGAAAACUAAAGGAGGACUUAUGCAUUACUGGAAAGAAACUUGGGAAAAGAAGCCGACCGAUUUCAUGUCAAAAUUUCUCAAGGGUCAAGAUUAAUUUACUCCGUCGUUAGUUCAUGAGAUGCAUCGUAGAGAUACACGAUUGUCAAUUUAUAAUUAUGUAUAAUAUGUAAAUACAACGAUUUCAGUUAAUUAAGACAGCGAUGGGUUUCUGUGUCAUGAAUAAAUAACAGUAAAAUACAAUUUA